GAUAAAAUAAAAUCACAUACAAUACUCGAGAUGAAGGGCCUGUUACUGCUCGCUGUCGCGGCCCUCGGCCAGGGACUCCCCGACGGGAGUGCCUUCGCCGACCCCAGCCCGAACAAUAACCCUAACACGCCCCCCCAGAAGGUGCUGCAACAGGACUCUCACUCACCACUCGCACCAUCCGAUGGAUCCCAGCGCCCCAACAUCGUGUUCAUCCUGGUGGACGACCAGGACCUGCAGAUGGACUCGCUGCUGUACACGCCGCGCAUCAACCGCCACCUGGCCCAGCAGGGCACGUUCUACGCGAACCACUUCGUGACGACGGCGCUGUGCUGCCCGUCGCGGGUCAGCCUGUGGACGGGCAAGCAGGCCCACAACACCAACGUCACCGAGAUCUAUCCCCCCUACGGGGGCUAUCCCAAGUUCGUCGCCGAGGGCCAUAACGACAACUGGCUGCCCCUGUGGCUGCAGGCCGGCGGCUACGACACCUACUACACCGGCAAGCUGUUCAACGCCCACACCGUCGACAACUACGACGCCCCCUUUGUGAAUGGCUUCAACGCCUCCGACUUCGUGCUCGACCCCUACACCUACCAGUACCGGCGGCCCGUCUACCAGCGCAACCGGGACGCCCCCGUCAACUACCACGGGCAGCACACCGUCGACGUGCUGGCGGCCAAGACGCUGGGGCUGCUGGACGACGCCCUGGCGGGGGAGCGCCCCUUCUUCCUGGGGGUGGCCCCCGUGGCGCCGCACUCGAACCUGGAGAUGGCCGACGAGACGGACACCACCAGCUUUCGCUUCUCGGCCCCGAUCCCUGCCUCGCGGCAUCAGCAUCUCUUCCCCGAGGCCCGGGUGCCGCGCACCCCCAACUUCAACCCGGACCGGCCCAGCGGCGUCAACUGGAUCCGCCGCCUGCCGCAGCAGAACGCCAGCAGCGUGGCCUACAACGACGAGUUCUACCGCAACCGGCUGCGGGCGUUGCAGGCCGUCGACGAGCUGGUCGAGGACAUCGUGGGCCGGCUGGAGCGGGCCCACGCGCUGGACCACACGUACCUGUUCUAUACCUCCGACAACGGCUACCAUAUCGGCCAACACCGGCUGCACCCCGGCAAGGAGUGUGGCUUCGAGGAGGACAUCCGCGUCCCCAUGUUCGUGCGCGGUCCGGGCGUCCCCGCCGGGCACGAGGUCGAUUCCGUGACGACGCACAUCGACCUGGCCCCGACCCUGUUCCGCAUCGCGGGUCUGGCGCCGAAGGAGGAGUUUGACGGCACGGCGAUGCCCCUGACCGCGGCGGAGAUCGAGGCAGACCGCGGAUCGCGCCAGGAGCAUGUCAAUGUGGAGUACUGGGGGAAGGCCGGGUUCGAGGGGGCCUUUGGCCGAGCGGCGGACGGAGGGCCAACGACCUUCCUCAAUAACACGUACAAGGCGCUGCGGGUGGUCAGCCCCCGAUUCAACCUGUACUACUCGGUGUGGUGCAGCGACGAGCACCAGCUGUACGACUUGACGGUGGACCCCUACCAGCUGCACAAUCUCUAUCCCGACAUCGCAAACCCUCAGAACAAGGGGCGGGGGAUCACGAUCGGAGGCCACCCGGCCGACCAAGUGGCGAGUCGGCUCGAUGCCCUGCUGAUGGUGCUCAAGUCCUGCCAGGGUGCGACCUGCAUCCGGCCGUGGCAGACGCUGCACCCCGCGGGGGAUGUUGCCUCGCUGCAGGACGCCCUGGAGGGCCGCUUCGACGCCUUCUAUGCGUCGCAGGUGCGCGUGGAGUAUGGCUGGUGCGAGCUGGGGUACAUCGUCGAGGCCGAGGGGCCGCAGGUGCCGCGAAUCUACCAGGAGACGCACUGGAGCGACUGGGUGUGA